UUCUCGAAAUGUCUAGUAACUUGUCAUGGCCUGGAUUCGCAUGUAAUGCAUCAGCCGACCAUGUGAGACCAAUUGCGCGUGCCAUAUACUUGUUAACAGUUAGCUGCUGAUAGCGCGUCUACUGUUUCGGUAUUGUGGCUUUUCGGCCUACUCAGCAGCCAACGUUGAAAUAUGUUGUUCUGAGCGUGCUAAGCAUUAGCACGGGACGUGGAUAUGUUGCGAAAUAAUGGAGCAGUGUAGUCCACGUCGAUAAGCGGCUGCUGGGAAGGUCCAGUCCGAUACGCCAUGGACGCUCGCGUUUCCACGCUAACAUUACGUCAAACAUCGCAUGCGAUUAUUAUGCCAGCAAUGUUAUUUAUUUGUGCCACCUGAUGUUAUUAAUUUUAUACCAGCAAUGUUAGUUAUUUGAAUCACAUCCAAUUACGAUGAGUACUCGUAUCCAACCAUUACGCAAUACCAUGCAAGUGGCCAUUCCUUCACGACCAAGCAGCACCUGCACCACAGCGGUGGAUGCUUUCGAUAAAGAUCACCACCGCGCCGAGCUGAAGAAAUUAAUUAAUCCGCUGCAUCCCGGAUUUCCCUGCGUCUUGACACAAGCAUAUUUGGGACGUGGUGGACAGACGGUAGCAGGAGUGUACGUUGCCGAGAAUCCCGUCACCGGGGAACAGUAUGCGGCUAAACUUUUGCCUGCGGACGACUGGAAGGUGAUUAAUGACACCGUCGCUGAAUUCCACCAUAUAGGCAAUAAACACCAUAUAAAUUUAGUGAAAUAUCAUGGCAUUAAGCUCAAUAUAGCUGUUCCCGGACGUGCUAUGGGGACACAGGAUGAGCUGUGGUUAAUCAUGGAGCUUUGCGAAGAAUACACCUUAAGAGAGCUGGCCAAGAGAAAACUGGCUUUUGAGAGAAUAGUGGAUAUCGCUCAACAAAUCCUCCGCGGUCUCCACCACUUGCACGUGAACAAGAUUGUUCACCGUGACCUUAAGUGCCAAAACGUCCUAGUGGGCCUGGAUGGCACUAUAAAGCUAGCGGACUUCGGGCUGAUCAAGAAACUAGAAGGGACCAUGACCAAGACCAAGGAAUUGCCAGCUGACAAGGGGACAUACCUGUACAUGGCCCCGGAAGUAUUUGCGCCCACUGCAGAAUGCAAGAUAGGCCGGAAAAGUGACAUCUGGAGCUUUGGGUGCCUGUUGAGCGAAAUGAUGACAGGAGAUCUGCCCAAAUAUGCGAUGAACUUUACAAAUGAUGCGCAGAUUGUGUAUCACAUUGGUGUUGAGAAAAAAGGUCCUCUUUUUCCAGCGGAGAACCUGCUGCAUCGCUUCUCCUCAGACCAGAUUCAGUUUCUGGAACAGAUAUUUUGGCAGUGCACUGCCACGGAGCCGCGUGAGCGGCCCCACGCCUCAGACUUACUCAAAUAUUUCGAAACUGGCAUUGUCGCAGCCAAACCGAAAGCUGAUGUGGAUGCUUUGGCCCGUGCGCUUCAUUCGUGGGAUAUCAGCAAUGACAACCGACGCACCGUGACGCAAUCAUUAUCCUUCGACGGUGGCGGUGGACUAUUGAGCAGCGCGCGAUCGCUGUUGGCGGAUGCCCGCCGAAUGAAGGAAAAUCCAUUUCCCGAGCAAGAUGUGGCCAAGUUUCGCUGUUUGCCGUUUGAGCACGACCGCUACAUCAUCGUUCAUACAAAGGACGCGAAAACGUUCAUCUCGCAGUUCACCAGCACGCAACGUAACCCGACAUCCGGCCGCAUCCCUGUCGGUAUUUUGGUGGAAUCGUUAGACAGUGACCUUUUACAACACGCAGACAGAGCAGAAACCGAAAUUCGUAUGGGUACGCUGGAUAUCAUGAAAGGUCACGCGUUCGACACAAUGUUCGUUUGGCCCAACGGGGCUCGUCGCGAAGACAUGUGGACCAGGAAGGAUCAGUUGGAAGGGGCGUUUUCUCUUUCGGCCGUUCAACUGAUCGUGGUCGGUCCAGUGCUGAACAGGGAAUUUCAGCAAGCACGUAGCCGAUGGAAACAGCUGAUAGACGAUGCCAAGGAGGCGAAACGCUUAGCCGGAUUGCCGCCAUCCGCCACCUGUCGCAGCGGAUAAUUGUCGCUGUAACUGUCUCGCCUUAGUAUAACUAACCUCAUUGUAUCGAAUUUCGAUAGUUUUCCGAAUUGGUCAUGUGGAAUGUUGCAUUCCCGUACAAAUCAUACCAAUUUUUACCUUUUUUAUUUUAUUUCAUCGUUCUUCCUGUCGUUUUCGUUCGACUGGUUAUCCGCAUUACUUUUCGCAUCAAACCACCAUUACACAUAGCUGGCCAGUUGUCAGCGCCAAAGUUUCAAUCCAAUGUCAUCCUAGUGGUCUUCCUGCUGCAAUUACAGCAUUAUAAAGUUGCAGCGGCCCGUCAAAUUUUGUAUCGCAAUGACUAAUGUUCAA